GCCAUGGCGAUCCAGCAAUUCGAGGCCACGAAUGUUUCCCUCACUUUCAAAGUGAUUCAAUUUGUUAAGCAGCUGCGUCGACGCGUCAAACUACGCAUACAUUGUGGCUCGGUCUGCUCAUCUCAGCUUGGCACCAAGUCUACCGGCCUGAGAGCGCUCACCAAGAUCACCACUGGGAUAUGCCAAUUGAGCAUUCUCGAUGCGAAGCAGUCGCGACGUGUCAACAAUCGCGUAUCUAAGCGGCGCAAGAAUAGCUCGGAACUCUUGAGGCCGCAGCUAAGGUUGUCGGUCAAUAUUGCUAGCUCAAACGCAUCUGGCGGGGAGGUGCAACAUGUCCUUAGCGCUGUCGACGACAAGCUCAGCCCUGCGGGGAGUCCGUUGUCUGCAAUUGCGGGCAAUGACGGCCUCUUUCUCAAACAAAGCAGUUUGUCGAUCUUCGAAGGUCGCCCAUUGAACGAGGCAGUUCAGCUCUUGGCCGCGAUCGACUAUGCUAUCAGAUUACUCUCUGAAUGCCGAUCGCAGUAUGGCGAUGCAUGGCUGGUAGCUCAGGGUCACCACCUCGGGCUGAGCAUAGACGAGUGCUUCAUUGCCAACUAUGAGCAUCUUUUGUUGCGACUCGAAGCCGAGUUGAUCGACGUCAUAGCCCGCAAGGCACUUGUGGAAUUGCUACGCGGUGGGCGCAACGAGAAGCAGCGCAAGCUCCUGAGCUGGUUCACCGAGUUUGCCGAAAAGCCUCGUCCGCUCAGUACAUCCUUUCCGUGGACUAUCAAGUCAUCGCUGGCUGUUCUAUGGGGCGUCUGCUGGAUGUUUUACGGGUACUCGAGCGACGAGGACACCAGAGGCGGCAAUGAUAGUGUACCGCUGGACAGACUACUCCAACAGAUUGACUUCGACUUGAACUUGCCUGCACCUGCACCAUCUGACUACCGCGAGUUUGGCCUAGGACUCAUUGAGACACACUCGGACUCACCUGUGGAUCGUGAGUUCCAGGCUCGGACGGAAGCCUGGCAACCCGACUACAACCCUUUACCUCAGUUCAUAGAUCAGUCACUGCCCUUGCAACCUAUAUAUUCUGAUCUCGGUCCCUUCUUGCCACUCUGCGAGCCACUCGCGUUAGCUCCAGUUAAUUCGGGCCUAAGCCUAGAUCAGUCUUGGCAACCGCAUUUGCCCCAACGGACGAAUCCGCAUCAUCACCUGACGAAUACUACUCCAAGCAUUACAGUCACCGAAUUUACGGGAGACGGUAGCUUUGCUGCGCCACACACCGGCUUCGCGUCUUUCGGUGAUAGUAUAUAUCAAGUUGGCCAUCUGAAUUUCAUGUCGCCACCGAACGACAACAUCACCUUUACCUUCCCACAUCCUCAACACACGAUGGUAAACACAUUAGGACCGGAUAUUAAUGCGAUGCAAGCACCCCAACCCAUCCACACGCAUGAGCGGAAAUUAUCUUUAAACUCCAACCCUGAUAUCCCAACUCCAGACAGUUUGGACAACCGAACGCCACUUCCAUCUCCACGCCUUGAGCGAGACCCGAUGGAUGUGGAUCUUCAGAACAUUGCACGGGAUGAUUCCGAGGAGAGUUCUUUACCAGAUUGCGACGACACUGAAUCACAGCAAAAGAAUCGCUCUUACAAGCGCGCGGAGGAGCCCCCCAAAAACCAUGACGGCAAGAUGAUCUGCAUACAUCAAGAUUGUGCCACUCUCAUGUUUGAUAGAAAAUGCGAAUGGAGCAAACAUAUGGAUAAACACGAUCGGCCCUACAAGUGCAACGUCAAGGGUUGCGAGAAACUGCAAGGCUUCACAUACAGUGGCGGUCUUUUGCGCCACGAACGCGAGGUACACAAGAUGCACGGUGGGACGAAGAGUUCGCUCUUCUGUCCGUUUACAGAUUGCAAACGCAGUUCGGGCGCCGGCUUCACACGGAAGGAGAACCUUGCCGAACACAUCCGCCGCGUACACCGUCGGACAAGUACAUCAGCAGACUUGCACAGCCUAGUCAUUCCUCGCCGCCCAUCGCACGAAAGCUCCCCACUGGUCGAGACUCCUCAACGUUCUGAGUCACAGUACACUCCCAUGGUCCAAUACCGCGACGAGGACGAGCUUUCCCACAAGCGCAAACGUGGCUCCAUCUCUGGCUACUCAGAUCGCGGUGACGAUGAUAUGCGUGCGGAGAUUAAGCGCUUACGAUAUAAGAUCGAAGAGAAGGAUGCACGCUUAGGGGAGCUCGAGCGAGCACUUAUGGCGCUUCAGCGGAGAUGACUAUGGGAAAUGGGGUUCGCGCGUGUCAACUAGUAGUGAGUCGCAUACGAUAAUGAUUUACCAUUAGAGCGAGGAACAUAUUUUGCAUGAUGGGUCAAGAUUGGUUUAACAAUUUCGCGCACUGCACGGUGUACAGUGCGGUCAAGAUGUUUUUUCCUUUUGUUCACUUUUUUCGAUACCACUCUCGUAUCUGGCAAAUAGGCGCUCGCUUUGAGCACACAGCUGGAACGCAGACAUAAUUUCUUAUACUUCAUGUUGGCAUGUCCGGAACAUGCAUAUCACGACAGAUAGAUAGACGGACAGAAAGCUCUUCGCUCACUCAGACCGAUGCAAGGGCGAUGACAGAGAUGGAUACUAGACUUGUUGUAUGAUAAUGUAUACGAGAACACUCGAACAAAUUCAAAACUUCGCAGUAAAUUUC